UGCAUGAGUGCCAUGCAGGCAGGGACACAGAUGGUGAAGCUCCGUGGCAGCUCCAAAGGCCUUGUCCGAUUCUACUACCUGGAUGAGCAUCGGUCCUGUAUCCGCUGGCGGCCCUCACGCAAGAAUGAGAAGGCCAAGAUCUCCAUCGACUCCAUCCAGGAGGUGAGUGAGGGCCGGCAGUCAGAGAUCUUCCAGCGUUACCCCGACAGCAGCUUCGACCCCAACUGCUGCUUCAGCGUCUACUAUGGUGACCACCGUGAUUCACUGGACCUGGUCUCACCUAGUGGGGAUGAGGCACGCACCUGGGUCACUGGCCUGCGCUACCUCAUGGCCGGCAUCAGUGAUGAGGACAGCUUGGCCCGCCGGCAGCGCACCAGGGACCAGUGGCUGAAGCAGACAUUUGAUGAAGCUGACAAGAACGGGGAUGGCAGCCUGAGCAUCGGUGAGGUCCUACAGCUGUUGCACAAGCUGAACGUGAACCUGCCACGGCAACGUGUGAAGCAGAUGUUCAAGGAAGCGGACACAGAUGACCAGCAGGGCACGCUGGACUUCGAGGAGUUCUGUGCUUUCUACAAGGCGAUGUCCACCCGCCGAGACCUCUACCUGCUCCUGCUAACCUAUAGCAACCACAAGGACCACCUGGAUGCCACUGACCUGCAGCGCUUCCUGGAGGUGGAGCAGAAGAUGACAGGUGUGACGCUUGAGAGCUGCCAGGAUGUCAUCGAGCAGUUUGAGCCCUGCCCAGAAAAUAAGAGCAUGGGGGUUCUGGGCAUUGACGGCUUCACCAACUACAUGCGAAGUCCAGCCGGCGACAUCUUCAACCCCGCACACCACAGCGUGCACCAGGACAUGAGCUGCCCACUGAGCCAUUACUUUAUCACCUCGUCCCACAACACCUACCUCGUGGGUGACCAGCUCAUGUCUCAGUCCCGCGUGGACAUGUAUGCUUGGGUCCUACAGGCUGGCUGCCGCUGUGUGGAGGUGGACUGCUGGGAUGGGCCUGAUGGCGAGCCCAUUGUGCACCAUGGCUACACUCUGACCUCCAAAAUCCUCUUCAAGGACGUCAUUGAGACCAUCAACAAAUAUGCCUUCAUCAAGAAUGAGUACCCAGUGAUCCUGUCCAUUGAGAACCACUGCAGUGUUGUCCAGCAGAAGAAGAUGGCCCAGUAUUUGACUGACAUUCUUGGGGAUAAGUUGGACCUAUCGUCAGUGAGCGGCGAGGACUUCACCACGCUUCCCUCUCCAGAGAUGCUCAAGGGCAAGAUCCUGGUGAAGGGGAAAAAGCUCCCGGCCAACAUCAGUGAGGAUGCCGAGGAGGGCGAGGUGUCUGAUGAGGACAGCGCUGAUGAGAUUGAUGAUGACUGCAAGCUCCUCAAUGGAGAUGCCUCUACCAACCGGAAGCGUGUGGAAAACAUCGCGAAGAGGAAAUUGGAUUCCCUCAUCAAAGAGUCCAAGAUUCGAGACUGUGAAGAUCCCAAUGACUUCUCUGUGUCCACAUUGUCCCCAGCAUGGAAGCUUGGACACAGGAGCAGAGCAGAGGAGGACGUGGACUCAGGGGAGGAGGCUGGGAGCAGCCGGCGGAACAACAGGCUCCUUAUGAACAGCUUCUCCAAGCGCAAGAAAAAAGGCAGCAAGUUAAAGAAGGUGGCCAGCGUGGAGGAGGGGGUGGAGGACCUAGAUGCCCAAGGAGUCCAGAUCCGCGGGGUGACCCGGCAGAAGAAGACCAUGAAACUGUCACGAGCCCUGUCAGACCUGGUGAAGUACACCAAGUCUGUGGGGACACAUGAUGUGGAGACGGAGGUGCUGUCCAGCUGGCAGGUGUCAUCCUUCAGCGAGACCAAGGCACACCAGAUCCUGCAGCAGAAGCCGGCCCAGUACCUGCGCUUCAACCAGCACCAGCUAUCCCGUAUCUACCCCUCAUCCUAUCGUGUUGACUCCAGCAACUACAACCCUCAACCUUUCUGGAAUGCCGGCUGCCAAAUGGUCGCCCUGAACUACCAGACGGAAGGACGCAUGCUGCAGCUGAACCGUGCCAAGUUCAGUGCCAACGGCAACUGUGGCUACGUGCUCAAGCCCCCAUGCAUGUGCCAGGGCGUCUUCAACCCCAAUGCUGAGGAUCCACUGCCUGGGCAGCUCAAGAAGCAGGUGGUGCUGCGGAUCAUCAGUGGGCAGCAGCUCCCUAAGCCGAGAGACUCCAUGCUAGGGGACCGAGGAGAGAUCAUCGACCCUUUCGUGGAGGUGGAGAUCAUCGGGCUCCCCGUGGACUGCAACAAGGAGCAGACCCGUGUGGUGGAUGACAAUGGAUUCAACCCCAUGUGGGAAGAGACCCUGGUGUUCCUGGUGCACAUGCCCGAGAUGGCACUGGUCCGCUUCCUUGUGUGGGACCAUGACCCCAUCGGGCGGGACUUCAUUGGCCAGAGAACACUGGCCUUCAGCAGCAUGAUGCCAGGCUAUCGGCAUGUGUACCUGGAGGGCAUGGAGCAGGCCUCCAUCUUUGUCCAUGUGGCCAUCAGUGAUGUCAGUGGUAAGGUCAAACAGGCUCUGGGUCUAAAAGGCCUGUUCCUCCGCGGCCCAAAGCCCGGCUCGCUGGACAGUCAUGCUGCUGGGCGACCACCCCCCCGACCCUCCGUUAGCCAGCGGCUCCUGCGGCGCACGGCCAGUGCCCCCACCAAGAGCCACAAGCCGGGCCGCAAGGGCUUGCCAGAGUUGGUCGUUGGGACUCAGGACACGGGUUCUGAGGGGACGGCUGACGACGUGGCACCCCCCAGCCCCACCCCAGGGCCCCCACCCCACGAGGUGCCCAGCAGCGUCAGCCCCCGAGGUAAGGUGCUGACACCCACAGCAGCUGCGGCGGCGAGGAGUCCAGCCACAGUGCCGCCCCCGUGUGUCCCUGAGGGCCCUGGGCCUGCAGGCAUGGCUGCCACAUGCAUGAAGUGCAUGGUGGCCUCCUGCACUGGCAUGGACGCUGAGGGCCUGCUCAGGGAGCGGCCGCCCAGCCCGGGGCCCAUGGGUGCCCACUCAGCCAUCAGUCAGCAGCCCAGGGCCCGGGCAGAUGCACUGGGGGCCCCCCGUGGCACUGGGGGUCCCCGAGCCACUGCGGCCAUGCCCGGGAAAAACAGAGAGACCUCUGAGGGCUGCGGGGCCCGGCGGCAGCGGCCGGGUGGCGGUGGCUCUGUGUCCUCGGAUUCCAGCAGCCCGGACAGCCGUGGCAGCCCCGAGGAGGGCCCCCGCUGGCCAGAGGGUGCCCGCAGGCCACCAGGGGCCCUGCAGCGGGAGAUGAACGCCCUGUUCAUUCAAAAGCUGGAGGAGAUUAGGAGUAAAUCCCCCAUGUUCUCAGCUGCCGGGCUCUCAUCACAGGGGCCCAUAGGAGACCUAGAGGCUCAGAUGUUCCCAAUGCCCUUCCUGCACCUCAGUUGGCUUGUGGGCUCCCCCUACCCAAAUCUCCAGCCCAUCCAAGACGCCUGCCCCUCGUCCAUGCAGAGGUCUGUCUCCUCCUUGUAUGGCCUGGAGACCAUCACUGAGGAGCCGGCCCCUGGCCUCCCACCGCCACCGGCUACCCCCACCAGCUUCUACUCAGAAGGUUCCCAAAGCUCUGCAGGACCUGUAGCCAAAGCUGCAACAGGCCCCCUAGGGGUGGCCCCGGGAGCUCCUGGGCACCCCCAGCUCAGGACCAGUGACCACAGGGACACUGAGGUGCCCCCUGACAGCAGGCGGUGGGUGUAUCAUGGUGGGGCCUCUGGGGGGCUGUCUAAGGGGGCUGCUGGAAGCCAGGUGGGCUGCAGAGGCCAGCCUCAGGCCCUGGGCCAGCUGCCCCUAGUCAGAAGGGCCAAGAGUAACGGGCAGGUGCCCACAGAGCCACUGGGUGGGUGGCAGCCCCUGGCUGGACCCUCCCCCAUCCCUGCCGUGUACUCAGAUGCCACGGGCAGUGACCGGUUAUGGCAGCGUCUGGAGCCUGGUAGCCACCGCGACAGUGUGUCCUCAUCUUCCAGUAUGUCAUCCAGCGACACUGUCAUCGACCUCUCCCUACCCAGCCUGGGCCUGGGCCGCAGCCGUGAGAGCCUGGCCGGGCCUCCAUCUGGCCGCCUGCCCUCACGGCCCUGCUCCACCUGCCCAGGCCUGCCCCCAGUGACCAAGAGCAAGUCCAACCCCAACUUGCGGGUUGCAGGUCAGCUGCCCUCUGCACCUGACGAGCUGCAGCCCCGGCCCCUGGCCCCACAACCACACAGGUCCCUGUCGGGACACCGCCCCAGGCCACCCUGGGGCCGCCUCUCCCUAGUGAGCCUCCAGGAAUGCCCUGCCGCCGCCAAGUCCAAGAGUCUGGGAGACCUGACUGCUGACGACUUUGUGCCCAGCUUUGAGAGCAGGCCUCGCAGUCCUGGCAGAGGCCUGGGCCCCCCAGGCGAACAGCGGCCAGAUGCCUUGACUGAGCAGUUGCGCUGGCUCACGGGCUUCCAGCAGGCGGGGGACAUCACCUCACCCACCAGCCUGGGCCCGACUGGGGAGGGCACGUUGGCAGCUGGAGCACCUGGUUUCCUACGACGUUCCUCCUCCCGCAGCCAGAGCCGUGUGCGUGCCAUUGCAAGCCGUGCCCGCCAGGCCCAGGAGCGGCAACUGCGGUUGCAGGGCCCGGGUGCACCGGGGCCCCCCGAGGAGGAGCGUGGCACCCCUGAGGGUGCCUGCUCCGUGGGUCGCGAGGGCUGCGUGGACACACCGGCCCCCCACAAGGGAGCCCCCAGCCAGGUGUGUGGCACCACCGUCAGUCCCCUCUUACUUAGACUCUGA